GAGAUCACUAACUGCAGUGUGUGUGUGUGUGUGUGUGUGUGUGUGUGUGUGUGUGUGUGUGUUCAGGACUUCCUGCAGAGGGUGGAGUUGGAGGCGGAGCUCUCUGAUUUCUGUCUGAAGUUCGGCUUCGACCUGCUGCUGCUGAUGACCAUCUCCUUCACUGAGAGCAAAGAGCCAAUGAGAGAGCUCGCCGUGUUCAGCCACAGCGCCACCUGCAGGGAAGAGAUGAGCCUCUACCUGGAACAGGCCCGUAACCCCGCCCUCAACCUCUGUCCAAUCAGCAGCCCCCAUGCUCACAUCACAGCCUAUCAGCAAGGAAACAGUCUGGCGUCCCGUAAGAAGCUCCUCCCCAUCGUUAAGGACUUCCUGAAGGGGCAGGACGGAGAUGGUCGCCCGGGAGACGUGGAGGAGGACGAGUCUCGGGUGCCUCCGACCCCGAUGAACAGCCUGGUGGAGGGCUGUCCGCUGGACGCCGGCCUGCCGCACAUCAGCGCUCAGGACCUGGAGGAGAAGUUCAGCAAGAUGGCGGAUAGGCGAGGGAACUGACCUCUGACCUCCGCAGACGUUCACCUUUAAACACGUUCAAAUAAAAGUUGCAGCUUCACGCCUG